AUGGGCAGCUCAUCUAGUAAAACAUUAAAACAUAGUGAAAAGAAGAAAGUAGUGAAGGAAUCAAAGCCUGAUGUUAGUCCUUCAAGCGCUGUAUCUACUAAAAAUGUAGUGAGGAAGGAAGAAGGUGCAAAGAGUAGUGUUGCUUUGAUAACCAAAACUCCAAGCAAGGUGCAGAAGGUGCAGGAGAGAAAACCUCAGAGAAAAUCUCCAACUCAAAACAAAAUGAAUACUAAGAAGGAGAAACUAACCUUUACUAAUAAGAAGCAGAAGAAGAAGGCUUGUGACGAUUAUCCUAAGCCUACCGUCACAGUUGAAGAUCCUAUGAAUGAUCCAGCAAUGCAAGCUCAUUUGGAAGUUCUGAAGGCUGGAGAGGAGGAAGUAGCAAGAGUGAUUGGAGAACAUCAUAAAUAUAAUCAAAGAAUUGCUAAUGAAGACUGAGCCAAUGACGAAGGAAGUGAGAAUCCUAAAAGCCAUUGUGUUGGGGAAGAUAGUCAAAGUCAUGAUGUUGGAGUAAAGCAUGAAGACCAUCAUACAUCUUCUGAUACUGGACUCCAUCAUGCUACAGUUGCCAUUGCUAGUCAUCAUCAUGCCACUGCUGAUAUUUCUAGUCAUCAUCAUGCAACUGAUGAUAUCAUUGGUAUUCACUCAGGCGAUCCUUUUGGAAUGCAUCAUGGAGCCCAUGAUAUGACAGUUCAUAAUACCGCUCAUGAUAUGGCAGUUCAUCAAGCAAUAGCCGAUGCUACCGUCCAUCAUGCAGGAAUAGAUAUGGGUGGAGCAAAUAUUGGAGGUGGAUGUGAUAUGGGAGGCGGAUUCGGUUUCUAAAUCCUUCCUCAAGUCUUAUCAUUAUUAGAAUGAAAAUCAUCUGGAAAUUUCUCCAGGACAUUUAGGAAAUUCCUUUCAGAAAUUCUUUCUGAAGUAAUAAUUCUUAAAAGUUUACU